AUGACGAGUUAUUUUCAUAUCUCUUAUCUCUUAUCUCUCUCCCGCCAGUUCCGCUACAAGCGCCGCGUGUAUUCCCAGCCCCUGCUGGACGACAAACAGUUCGCCAAGCUGCACACCAAGGCGAAUCUGAAGAAAUUCAUGGAGUACGUGCAGAUGCUGAACUCGGAGAAGGUUUGCAGGCUGCUGGAAAAGGGGCUGGAUCCCAACUUCCACGAUCCCGACACCGGAGAGUGCCCGCUGACGGCGGCGGCGCAGCUGGAGCUCAGCGCCGAGAUGAUCAAAGCGCUCCGCAAUGGCGGCGCCCACCUGGAUUUCCGGACCCGCGAGGGAAUGACGGCGCUGCACAAAGCCGUGAGGUGUCGGAAUCACGCGGCCCUGCUGACGCUGCUGGAUCUGGGAGCAUCCCCGGACUACAAGGACAGCCGGGGGCUGACCCCGCUGUACCACAGUGCCAUGGUGGGGGGAGACCCCUACUGCUGCGAGCUGCUGCUGCACGACUACGCCCGCCUGGGCUGCGUGGACGAGAACGGCUGGCAGGAGAUCCACCAGGCCUGUCGCUACGGACACGUGCAGCACCUGGAGCAUCUCCUGUUCUACGGAGCGGACAUGACGGCGCAGAACGCCUCAGGAAACACCGCCCUGCACAUCUGCGCCCUCUACAACCAGGAAAGCUGUGCCCGGGUUCUCCUCUUCCGAGGCGCCAGCAAGGAAAUCCGGAAUUACAACAGCCAGACGGCAUUCCAGGUGGCCAUCAUUGCAGGGAAUUUCGAGCUGGCGGAAAUCAUCAAAACCCACAAAGAGUCCGAUGUUGUGCCUUUCCGAGUAACUCCCAACACUUGGGCCGUGCCCGGCCGCAAGUUCAUCGUGGUGAAGAGCUACGCGCCGCAGGGUGAUGGCGAGAUCCAGCUCAACCGCGGGGAGGCCGUCAAGGUGCUGAGCAUCGGUGAGGGCGGAUUUUGGGAAGGCUCCGUGAAGGGCAGGAGCGGCUGGUUCCCGGCGGAAUGCGUGGAGGAGGUGCAGAUGCGCCAGUAUGACUCCAGGCAAGAAACCAGGGAAGACCGGACCAAGCGGCUUUUCCGGCACUACACCGUCGGAUCCUACGACAACUUCACCUCCCACAGUGACUACAUCAUCGAGGAGAAGACGGCCGUGCUGCAGAAACGGGAGCAUGAGGGCUUCGGCUUCGUCCUGCGAGGGGCCAAAGCUGAGACUCCGAUCGAGGAGUUCACGCCCACGCCGGCAUUCCCAGCGCUGCAGUACCUGGAAUCCGUGGAUGUGGAAGGAGUUGCCUGGAGAGCGGGAUUGCGCACGGGGGACUUUCUGAUUGAGGUGAGCUCCUCAUGGAAUUCCGCUCCUUUCCCCAGGAAUUUGGGGAAUUUCCCCGGAAUGUUGGAAUUCUCUGGGUAUGGAUCAGGAGGAUCCAGAAUCCUCCAGCCACCACUGCCACCCGCUGCCACCCUCUGUCACCCCCUGCCCCCCCGUCACCGCUGUCCCCAGGGCUGGCACCCCGUGCCCGGCCGAGGGGCUCCCCCCGAGGCGGCGCCGCCCGCGCGGGCUGCGCGGCCUCCCCUGCGCCAGCGCUGCUUCCAGCGGGGCUCGGGGGAUUCGGGGGAUUUGGGGAUUUGGGGUGUUCAGCCGCAGAUGGAGCGGACGCGCUCUGUGGGAAGCGCUGUCGGGUACGCGCUCGGGGACGGCUCCAGCUGGAGCCUGCGGGUGGCAGCGGCAGCGCGGGGACACCCCGGGGACAUCCCGGUGCCAUCUGUCACCUGCAGCCCGCCCAGAACCGCCCCCAGGCCGCGAGGUUUCCGUGCGGAGCGAUCCCGGCUGGGCUCGGCUCCCGGGGAGCGGCGGGGGGGGAUUUGGGAUCGGAGGUGGGGCUGGGGGGAGGAGGUGGAAAUGGAGAUGCCCUAA